AUAAACUGACUCCAACCCUUAUUUAGUCCCUUCUGAAAUUAUCAUCUGCCAAAGGGUUAGUUCGAAUCCGUGUAUUCUGUAAAAAAUGAAGGGAUUGAUACUGGUUUUGGUUUGUGUUUUCGUGGUGGUUUCGGUUGAAGCCGCCACAGUUUGCGGCCCAAUAUGUAAGAUGUUCUGCAUUAAUGGGUUUGUAAAAAAUGAAGACGGUUGUCCGAUAUGCAAAUGCAAUUCCAUUCCUAAACCUGAAGUAAACGCAUGUGGUCCAAUGUGUAAAAUGUUCUGUCGUUAUGGGUACGUAAAGGACGACAACGGUUGCUCUCUGUGCCAGUGUAACCCUGCACCAAAAUGCCCAGCUGUGUUGUGCCUGAUUAAGUGCACGAACGGAUUAUUGAAGGACGAGCAGGGCUGUCCUACCUGUGCCUGUGCUGAUCCCGAUAUUGGAAAAUAAAUCCUUCAAUCUAACCAUUCUGAUGAUAUUCGGAAUACAGGAAUUUGAGGUGUAUUUUUGCUCAAUAAACUUUAAACAAAAGAAGACUUAUCAAAUCAUUCUAACUUUGUCUGUAACGAAUGUCAUCCAAUCUUUAAUGAUUUAAUCGUUUGUGUGAUGUGAUUCUGUGUAUAAGGAGAUAAUUAUAUAGCGCUUGUAAAACUACACCAGUAAACAAUGUUCUUUGGAAAAGUUUCAAACCACAGCACAAAACAAUGUACAAAGUACGCACAGACAAUAUAUGGAGAGAGAGAGAGAGUAUUAGCUUAUUGCCGAAAUAAAACGUUUUAGCACAG